UGAAGUUUUGCCAGAAGAUGGCGUUGUAUGUGCUUUCAAAAACCUAAUCGGCCACCAUUGUGAAGGCGAUUCUGAAUACUUUGAGGAUUUUAACGUUUUCUGUGAUAAUUAUCGGCGAAAUAUAAAGUUUUAUUCGGUAAGAUACAGUGUCCAGUCAUUCGGCAACCGAAUUCAAACUACAACUUGUGCUAGAAGUGCUUAAUUUCAAAACCUAAAUGCGUUCAAAAUGUCACGCGAAGUGAGCAUCAAAUUCGUGAACACCAUACCAUGCACUAAAUAAUCUUAGUUUUCUUUGGAAUAAGUGUUUGCUACCGGUGGAAGUGAGUUGUUUUGCGACCGGAGUACAUGUGGCACGCUAUGGAUAGUUGAAAAUUUAAUGUGCGCUGAUGAAAACGUUUCAGAAGUAUCUGUACACGUCGUAAGGGAGCGCAGUUACGCGGGCGAAGGCUUGAAACUUGCCGGCAUCAUUAUGGUGGACUGAGGGAGUGUUUGUUUGUCGGACUGGUGUGACUACGUGUAGUAAACAGUGGGGCGAGAGCGGCGCGCAGCAUGUCGGGCGGCUCGCAGCACAACCCCAACGGGCGACAGUCGCAGCUGGGCUCGGGAUGGAGCCCCCUGCAGGUGUUGCAGGUGGCGAACUUGUUGGCGCGCGCGCCGCAAGCACACAUGGCGUCGGACCGCGGCGUCACGUGGCACACGCCCACGCCUCCGCCACACCUCUACCACGUGCCGGCGCCUUCACCCCCGGACCCUCUACAGGGUCUGUUGCAAUUGCAGGCGUUGAAGUCGGCGGGCGGGAACUCUGUGUUCCGGCACACGGCCACGCCCCCAGAGCUCUACAGGCACACGCCCACGCCGCCGGAUAAACAUCACAUGAGACAUACUCCGUCUCCGGGUGAUAUAAAGGCAAAUGCUGCAUUACCUCCAGACAUAUAUCAACAUCUGGGACAAGCGAGAGCAGACAAACUACGCGCGGAUGAACUGAUGGCGUACACCCGCGUGGGCGUGGACCUGUCUCUGGGCGGCGGGCGAGCCUCCAACGGUGCAGCUACGUCACCGGCACCCGGAGCCCACGCGGCGCCGCCCGCGCUGUCGGUGCGCGACGCGCCCACCAUCAACAGCCUCAUCGCGCGCGCCGCCCCGCGCCACCACCACGCGCGCGUCGACGCGCUGCUCGAGCGCCUCGCGCCCUCGCCCGUGUCGCCGCACUCCGUCAUCGUGCACUCCCGCGCCGCGCCCACGCCAUCGCCGCCCUCCUCCAAUGAGGACUCGGCAGACUCGUGCGGAGCUCCCCCUGGCUCCAAGAGGAAACGCAAGCCGGAGCGCACCGUGCGGGUGGCGGCCGCGCCCCCGCCCCCCGCACUCGCAGCGCCGCCACCCGCCACCCCCGCGCCUGCACCGCCUCCUGCCGCACCACGGGUAUCCCCGCCACCCAGUCCGCCCCCCGCCCCCGCGCCGCGUGAGAACGGUGACGCGGCACACGCGAAGGCGGACGUAGCGGAGUCGCGAGCCGCGUCCCCGCCCCCCGACCUGCCGCACGCGGCGCCGCGCCCCGACCAGCCGCACGCGAGGAGAAAAACGCGCUCCGGCUCCGCAGAGACGAUAGACGACAUCGCCGCCAUGAUCGCCGACACGGACAGCGCAGCCGCCGCCCCGCCCCCCGCGCCGCCCGCGCCCGCCGUCACCGUGGACAAGCUGCGCAGCGUGCUGGCCAGCCCCGACGCGCCCCGCGCCGACCCCGCGCCCGACCCCGAGCCGCCCGCCCCGCCCGCGCCCGUCGCCUCGCCCACGCCGCCGCCCGCGCCCGCCGCGCCGCGGCGCCGCAGUGCCCGCACCUCUAACCCUGAAGCACCCAACGUACCAGUAGAGUCGCCCUCGGAAGCCAAACCGGCUGAACCUGAAGCCAGCGAUGCACACACUGCCGAACCCGCAGCCGCGAGCUUCGUGGAAGUGGAGAACCAGUUGGAGAAAAUGUUCGCCGGACUGGAGGAGGAACCCCUGGCGAGUCCCACGGCAGCGGGCACGGACGCUACGGCGGCGUCAGCUGACGAGGCAUCUGCACCGGCCGCAGCACGCAAGCGGCGGAAGUCCGCUCCCGCGCGGGCCGAGCGUCGGCAGGGCCGCGUGGAGCCGCGGAACAAGAAGGCGCAGCGCAAGAAGGCCGAGGCCCGCCGUCCGCGCAAGGGACCGCGCGACCCUGCACGCGACGCCUACGACUCCGGCAGUAACGCCAGCUCUAGUAAAUCACGAGGGCCGUACAUACAGAUCCGCGGCCCUCGUGACUCUCCCCUCUCAGUCAGCGUGAUGAACACGACGACGGGCGAGGAGGAGGACGCGACCUCGCGACGUAAGGGCGGUGAGGAGUUCCGCAACGGCGUGCGAGGAGUGAGGGGCCUGCACGCGAGCACGCUGGGGCUGCGCUACGACGCCAGCACGCCCGACGCCUCGUGGCUGUGCGCCUUCUGCGCGCGCGGGCCCCACGCCUGUGCUCUCGGAGACCUGUUCGGCCCAUACGCGCUCGAUACUGACUGUGAUGAGUACAGGUCAUUGGACGAGGCGACGCGGCGACGGUACUGCACGGGCGCGAGCGGCGCCGCGGACGAGGUGUGGUUCCACGAGGCGUGCGCCGUGUGGGCGCCCGGGCUGGUCGCGUGCGGGGCCCGCGUGUGGGGCCUGCCGCCCGCCGUGUGGGGCGCCCGCGCCGCGCGCUGCGGACACUGCGGGGCCCCCGGGGCAGCCCUCGCCUGCGGGGCCCGCGGCUGCGUGGCCCGCGCCCACCUCCCCUGCGCGCGGCCCCAGGGCUGGGCGCUGCACGAGGACGAGUUCCGCGCCGCCUGCCCGCACCACGCCUCCUAGGACCCGCUGUAGAUACCACUCCGUAGAACUAAUUUAUUGUGCCCGCCGCCCGCGACCAGUGCCGCGCCGCCUCCGGCCCCGGUGUACGCGACUCUCGCUAUCUGACGUCUAGACUUAUGUGUAAAUAUAGUGAUAAUGUAAAUAGCAGUUUCAUCGGAACACGAUUUUAUAAGACGUAAUGUACUAUAUGACAUCAUGUGGCAUUGUAAUCGAAUGGACAGUAUUUUGUAGUAUACAGGGCGCGCUCGCGUUAUAUUGUAGACGCGGCUCCGACCGACGCCUGCUCAGCCGCGCUACUCUCCGGUGGGUCUAGACAACACGGGUUUAUGGUGAGUAACUACACGAAUAUCAUUAAUUCGAUAUUAAAUUGAUAAUCUCACUUCGUUUGUGUUCGUUCCAAAUUAUCGUAACUAGUAAUGUAUUGUAUUUCGUUGCGAGUGUAUGUGUACUCAUCGUGAACUGCUGUUGUCACAUUUCUCAAUUGUUUACAUGAUCAUGUAACAAUGCAGUGAUAUUUAAAAGUAAUAAACGGACCUUGAAUGUAAUAAGUAUAUUUUUAUGUAAAAAAAUAUAUAAAUAAUAAAUAAACAACUGUUUAGUUGCCAUUUAUAGUAUCAAAAACUAGUCUAAAUAAAUAGUGUCUUGUGAUUUAAAUAAAAAAAUAUAUAAAAAUCGUUUUGGGGUCUAUGAAAAUUUACAUUUUUAGCUUGGUAAUGGAAUAAUAUGUAUGUUUGUGGAUACUGCAUUGUUAUCGGUGGAUUAAUAAAUAAAUAAUACACGAUGUGUGUAGCGCUCUUAUACUUAAUGGUUAUUUAUACCGAAAAACUUUACGCUUACAUAAUUAAACGUAACACUUCAAAUGUUGUGCUCGCGAGUUCCGCUCACUGGACUGGUGUGUCAUCGGAACUUGUCUACGUUAUAAUACUAGUAGAACUCUAGAGUUUUCACGUCAAUACGCCGACUGCCAAUAGAAACUAUAAUACAAGGAAAAAAUAAAUGAAAUAAAAAAUAAUGAAAUAUAGUAUAAUUUUAAUAUAUAGAUGCGCACGAGCGUUUGAAGUGUGUACGUAUAAGUACAUAAGGCGCUGUCUUCGUUUGCCAGACAGUGAGCACGCUAGCUUCGUGCGACGUUGGUAAAGUACUUUAAUUCCAGUGAAUAGAAAAAAUAGACUUUAUUUAGAAAAUGUUAAGGUACAAAUUUAUAGUAGGGAGAAUCAGGCCAGUUUAGUGUUUUUAAAAAUUUAUUGGGACAAUGAACGCAUGAACUCGAACGAACAAUCAAUCAACAUCCAAAGCCUUGAAAUGUAAAUGGUGUAAGAAUUUUUUUAUCACUUAUGGCAAAUGAUUACUUUAUUAAGUAUGUAAUUGUUAUAAAUUAUAUUUAUCAUGACAUUAUAAGCAAAUUGAAAUACAACAUGUUUAAAAUGAGA